UGAGUAUGAUAUUUCUGAAUCAGAUAUUCAAAGUCAGUUGAGUGAAGUACAUUUAAAAUAAGUAAUUUUGCCUUUGCUUUUUUUGGAAUCUUUAGCUGCGAAGGUCAAAGUUUUAGAAAUAAUCAAUAGCAAUUAAAGAAUAAAAAUAAUGGAUAUUAUCGAAGAUAAUGACUAUACUUGCGACUUGCGACCAGAAAAAUUUGAAAGAGAUGGUCAUCCGGGUACACAAAUAAAAUCAGUUGGCCAAGAUCGAAACAAUUAUAUAAGUGAUGUGAGCAAAAAGACAUUAGCAAGAGCAUUCGAUGUAGCACACCAUGAGAAAACUGUUCACGAAGAGAAAAAAACAGUUCAUGAGAGACGAGGUCACUACCUAUGCGACGAGUGUCAAGAAAUAUUCGUUUCUUGGGGAAAUUUAGCGAGACAUUAUAAAACUGUUCACAAAGAGCGAAAAUACAACGUUUUUGAUGUCUACCAACAAACGUUUGCAUCGAAAAAGAACUUACCAAACCAUCAUAAAUCUGUUCACAGAAAACGAAGGGACUAUGAAAACGAUGUGUUUCAAAAAACAUUUUCUGUUCAGAGCGAUAUGGCGAAACACAAAAAAUCAAUUCACGAAGGACGAAAAGACUACGUAUGCAAUGUGUGUCAAAAAACAUUUUCUGAUCGGAGCAACAUGGUGAAACACAAAAAAUUAGAUCACAAAGGACAAAAAGACUACGUUUGCAACGUGUGCCACAAAGCGUAUACAUGUUUGUACAUAUUGAAGGAACACCAAAGAUCGGUUCAUGAACGACGAAGAGACUACGAAUGCGACGUGUGCCAAAAAAUUUUUUCUCGCUCGAGCAAUUUGAGGAAUCACCAAAAAACAGUUCAUGAGGGACAAAAAGACUACGUUUGCAAUGUAUGCCAGGAAAAAUUUUCGCAGAGGAUUAUCUUAAUAAGACACCAAAAAUCAAUUCAUGAAGGACGAAAAGACUUUGAAUGCAACGUGUGUCAAAAAGCGUUUACUCAAUCUUUCAAUUUGAAGAAACACCAAAAAACAGUUCAUGAUGGAAAAAAAGACUACGUUUGCAACGUGUGUCAAAAAGCGUUUACUCAAUUGAGCAAUUUGAGGAAACACCAAAAAACAGUUCAUGAGGGACAAAAAGACUACGAGUGCGAUGUGUGCCAGCGAAAAUUUACGCAGAAGAUCCACUUGAUAGUGCACCAUAGAACAGUUCACGAAGGACGAAGAGAUUACGAGUGCGACGUUUGUCGGAAAACGUUUUCUGGUCGGAGCAACAUGGUGGAACACAAAAAAACAGUUCACCAAGGACGAAAAGACUACGUUUGCAACGUGUGUCAAAAAACGUUUACGCAGAAGGUCAAUUUGAUGAGACACGAGCGAACAGUUCACGAAGGACGAAGGGCCUACGAGUGCGAUGUGUGCAAAAAGACGUUUACGAGAAAUAUGUCUUUGUCAAUUCAUCAAAAAAGAAUCCAUGGAAGCCAAAAAGAGUCUGGAACCUAUCAGCAUUUGCCAAAUCAUCGAGGAAUGGUUCACGAAGGACAGAAAGACUAUGAAUGCAAUACGAGUCAGGAAGUAUUUUCAGAGCAGAGCUUCCAGAAGUUUGUGCAACAAAUGAUAACUUGACUAACCACAUAAUAACUGAUCACGACGAUCAAAACCACUUUGAAUUAAAUAAUGUAUUUCGAAAAAAGUUUUUUAAAGGCCAAAAGGGCUAUGGCAGCGAUGCUAUGAUGAAAAAUAACGAGUCUUAAUUUGAAUGUUGUACUGUAUAAAUAAUAGAUAACUUUGCCAAGCUAUAAUUUAAAAAACGAUUAAUUAGCUUUUAUGUAAUUAUUGAUUUUAGUCUAUAAUCAACCAUGUGACAUUUAUAAUGUAAAUAUAUAAACUGUAGAUCCUGAUUUCAGUUAAAGUCAAAGUUUUAACAAAUGUAUAUGCAACAGAGCACUAGAAAAUGUGUAAACUUGUUUCGCUCAACUAAAAGUCGUAUGUGAAGGUAUUGUAAUGAAUAAAAAUAUAUUCAAUAGAUGUAUA